AUGUUAUUUAGAUAGAAGGAGAAGAUAUAAGAUGUUGGAAGGAACAAUUUUCGCGAUUUUUAUAGAAUGGAACAUGAAGCCCAAACUAAAACGGUGAAGAUGAUGCCCAGUGUUCAACCUGGAUUAUCUAGAUCAAUGAAGUUUCAUAUUACGUGAAUGUUAUUAGUUAGCCUCUGAUUGACGAGAAUCAGAGUUCACUGUCUGGAAGCAGUUGGGAUGCUAAACACCUAGACACCUUCCUCAAAUAGAGCAAAUACUCAAGUAUGAGAUAAACCUAAGAUCUCGACAACUAAGCAGUUUUUGUUGGGAGUGGUUAGAAUCAGAGUUUCUUUUUUCGUAGACAACAACCUCGAAUAAUCCCAGAAUAUAUCGAUUACUUGAACAUGAGCAAAAUUAAUCACAUUGUUUCUGAUCAUCCAGUCAAUCAUUCACAAGAAGUUAUAAAAAAGAGAUUGGAAGUCCCUGAAAAAAACUAUGUUGAACAAAAUCUCGCCUUGUCUUAAGUGAUCACACUCAAAAAGCCAUCAGGAUAUCUGGCUGAACUCAGAGAAACACAAGAAUAGCAAAAAAAGUAAAUUAGAUCAAUCAUAUAGAUUUCAUUAAUGGCGAGAAGAAUUUAGUGAAGCUAACAAAGCCUACAGGAAAAUCAGAUAAGCCUACAAGUAGAAGAAUUUUUAAUAUUAGAUCAGGAAUAAUUGGAAUUGACAAUCCUACCAUUGAAAAUUCUGAAUUGUACAAAGAUGAGCAUCAAAAAUAUAAACAGAAAUAAGAAAAUAGAAUGAUCCAUUCAAUCAAUAGAUAUUAAUGUAUAAUUACUAGAUUAAGUUUAGCAUUGGACAAAUAUGCUAGUGCCAAUCCUAAUAUCGAAUUUGAUAAUAGAAAAUAUGAUGAUACUCUAACUCAAAUCAAUCAUACCAGAGUGUUAGGAUAAUACCCUGUGUAGACCUUUGAGAUGGAUUCUAAAUGGAUGCAUAAACGAACUAUCAAUCCUGGUCAAAAUACACAAUAAAGAUUGUUCGGGGCAGUUGAUAAAAUUAGUAGAGCUGCUUCACUAAGAGCAGAGAACAUCAAAAACCAGGAACUCAGGGGAAGAGAUUAUAAUUGCAUUUGCUUAACAAAAGUGUGA